AUGCAUUGGGCAUCGCUUCCUCACGCGCUGCUCGUGCUGUUGCCGUUGCUGAUCCCGGGAGCGAGCUCGUCCGGCGCACCCCCACGUGAAAUCUACGGCGAAUCGCUGCGACUAACCCCUCUCCGCGAUGGCAAGGUACACUCGCAUUUCAACUUCACCUUCACCGCGGCUCACUGGAGAGAUGCCGGUGAUCGGCUAGGUCCGAAUUCCAAGAGUCAGUCUCAUCGCCAGACGCCCCCUGGUUCCCAUCGCCUCAUCAUGCUCGACCCUUCCAGUGGGACAGUUGACUUAUCCAACCGACUCUCACCCCUCCGGAUCGGCUCACCGAUGCAGCACACCACCACACACUCCUUCCACCAGAGCUCACAGCGCUGGCAUAUCACUCCCGGGUCACCUCGUUCGACCUGACGCUCUCCUCGGGUCGCUGGGCCUCGUCUUGGCCAACCCGAUCGACUGCGGUGUCGGGGAUUCAGCUCGUCGCUUGGCUCGAAUUGCUCGAGGGAGAAAGCCCCAGGGACGAGGAGCAACGCUGGGACGACUUCAAGAACGCGCUCGGUGGAAUGUUCUGUACGGGCGUGACAAGCGGCAUCAGUGCGGGCGAGAGCAGACCGUUGUGGGGGAACGUGCUUGGAGGCAGUGUCGAUGAGCGAGGUGAGUGGGGGAAAGAAGCGUAAAUUCGACUAGUCUUCCUUUGCAAGGCUGGAGACGAGUGCACCACAAGCCAAGCGUGAAAACCCUGGUCCCCGAACUAGUCGCCUCUCCUGAAGACGACUUUCCAAUGUAUGUCGCGCCUCGGCUGAUCCCUCACGACCUGCUCGUUUCUGCGUGCCCCUCUCCCCCUAGAACACCGACUCUAUCGGGCCACAAUGCCUCGACUCUCUGCGACUUGCACCGAGUCUUUGACGCCUUUCCUCUCCCUCCUUCCGUGCGCCUCUUACGCCGGGCUUUCGUCGCUGCUGAACCCGCAUCGCCUGUUCGAUAGCGACUGGACCUUGCUGGGAGUUCAUGUCUUGCGUGAUGGCCAAGUGAAUUCGAUACAACUGCAAGUGGGAACAGUUGCCGACCCGAUACGACAGGACCGCCUCAAGGGCUUUCUCGGACGAAGAGGUGUGGCACAGUCCUAUGGCAUCGCGAUCCAGAUCCCUGCCACUAAGCUCGACUCGAAUUACUCGUUCUCGGCAGAUUUCUCGUUCGAGUCCUUGUAUGACCGUACACUCCAAAAAGCUUGCCCCGUAGCCACAGAAUCAUCAGUAGAGGUCGCGAUACCGACCGACUCGAUCAACCCAUUCCGAAUAGAGCCGUCGUCGCAUGGGCGAACGAUCGUUCAAGUCGACGGCAAAGACGUCGUCCGGUGGGACACGAAGCAAGGUGAGCAUGCCCGGUGCCCAAUUGAGCGGGAACGAGUCUCACUGACGUUCCACGCAACUGCAAAAAGUCAACGAGACUCUGAAUAUCGUAGUCGAUUGGCCCGAUGUCAACGUGUUUGAGCACGGUGAGCCGAAAUACAGUCUUAACGAGCUGCGCCGCCUCAACAAAACUAAUUGAUUCUUGGCACCUUACGCAGUGCCAACUUCAAGUCCUGAAUUGACGCCCCUCAUCGUGCGCCGUUUGCUACACGGAAGUGGGCAAGAGCGCGGUCGGAUAGGGAUCGAGCUCAUCAACAAUCUUGAUUCAAACGCCGACGUUAUUUGGAUCGAGACCUGGCCCUGGUGGCUGCGAGCCUUCGUUUCAACGCUGUGCGCGGCUUCAAGCACCCCUUCCGACUCGGCGGAUGUCGCAGACGAAGUCGUACUCUCCCUCGACUAUACCCCUCCCAUCGCGCGGUCGCGGGCGACGACUUUGCAGGCCUUGUUGCGCUUGCCACCUCGCUCGACCACACGCUUGAUGAUGGUGUAUGAAUCGUCCUACCUAUGGUACACCGAGUACCCGUCUGACGCACACAGAGGCUUCGAAAUCCUUGGGGCCAGCGUCGUCCUUCUCAGCCCGUCCAAUUUGUCUUCGACCGAGAUGAUCAAAGGACCGAGCGCUCUGCGUGCCCGCGGCGAGUGGAUGCGCUUGCACACGAGCUCGACCUUGCUCAGCCUGCCGACGCCCGAUUUCAGCAUGCCUUACAACGUCAUCAUCUUGACCAGCACGAUCGUCGCGCUCUUCUUUGGCAGCUUGAUGAACAGGCUCCUGCGAGGGUGGAGAGUCGUCAGCUUGGACGAGGAGGAUGCUGGCCACGUUGUACAAGCUUGGAUGAAGGUGUCGUGA